AUGCAGGCCGAUGACCUUGCAUGGAUUAUCUUUACCUCGGGCACAACGGGCAAGCCGAAAGGAGUGAUGAGGACGCCGCGCAGCGAGGCGAUCGCUGCCUUCUUGCGUUCUCCAUCGCUUUUGAUGGCUGUCUAUGACUGGCUCGCGACCGUGCACGAAAUUACCCUGGAUAUCAUCGAGUUCGAUGGGCUGACGCAUUCGCUGCCUCCAUCUCUGAUGGCCGACCCCCGCACGAACACGUCCAACGUGCUCUGCUUCCUAGAUGUCCCGGCGCCGUCGCCAAAUUGGAGUCACAAGGACCGCCAGAAGCAUUACUAUACUUUAUCGUGGUAUAUCACCCAGCGGGGUGAGUUCGUGGCAACGGAUUCCACUCGUGUCGUGGAGUUUACUGCCACUUAA